UUAGUUCCCACUUCACUGGGAGCUCUCGCUGCAUAAAAAUUGAAUUCAAAGUAGCUGUUCUGCAGGUUGUGUCAUUGCUGCUCUGUGGGGACAGCUCCUGUAAAACAUCAGCGGCCCUGCUGACCAGCACCCUGUGCCUGUCAUGCCUCUAGUCGUGCCCAGUGCAGGGAGAGAAAGUGCUGUCUUUUGAAAAGACUGCAGCCUGAUAGGCUGCUCCACACAGUCUAUGAUCCAGUCUUACUGACUUAAAAACCUUCCAGAUAGGGAAUUAGGUGUCAAUUUCUGGAGUUUUUAUUGUGAUAUCUUAGGCUUCAUACCUGCCUGGUGGACUCAUACAGCCUGCUGUUGGAGCUUUGUUGAAAGCUUGGUUUUGUCAGCCUUCAAAGAGCAUUCAUGAAAUUUAUUCAAGUGGUAAAAAUAAAACCAUAGUUAAUGAAAAGUCACACAGUGAAGCUGACCUAAAUAUGAAUAUUGAGGCAAUUAUAAAAAAAGGAAGUAGUGAUUUUUUUUUUUUUUCUUUUUUCUUCUUUCAGUUUCUUCCUCAGUUUUUUUAUUUUGAGGAAUUUCAAGCCUGUCGGUUGGGAGAAUGAUAAAAACAAAUACCUUUUUCAUACCCUUUUCCUAGAUUCACCAAUUGUUCUAAAUUUGCCACAUUUGCUUUAUUUCUCCUUUGCAACUAUGUGUGCAUGUGUGUGUGUGUCUAAUAUACAUUAUAUAAUUUUUUUUGCUAAGACAUUUGAAAGUAAGUUUCAAGCGUCUUUAUACCUUACCGCUAAAUACUUCACCAUGUACCUCCUAAGAAAAAGGACUUUCUUCUACAUAACCACAAUACUAUUACCAGACCUAAGAAAUUUAUCAAUAAUUUCAUAAUAUUUUCUAAUAUCCACUCAUUUUUCACAUUUCCCCAAUUGUCCCAAAUGAUCCUUUAUAGGUUCCUUCUCUCAGCUUUUCAAUCCCAAUCUAAUCAAGUUUACUUGAUGCAUUUGGUUGCUAACUUUUCCUUUAUCGUAUAGAACAAUACAUAUACAUUUUUUUUUUAAUGAUUUUUCAAAGAAUCUAGGCUGGUUGUGCUGUAGAAUACAUAGUGGGCUUGUGUGCUUCUUCAUAGUGUUGUUUAACUUGCUCCUCUAUUUCUGAAAAUUAGAAGUUAGAUCUAGGGACUUCAUAGGUGAUGUUGUGUGCUUGAUGCUACAUCACAUCGGAGGCAGAUGAUGUCAAGUUGUCCCAUCAUCAGCAGUUUGAUCUCUUUGGUAAGGUGGUAAUGGUAACUCAGACCUCACCAUGGUUAAGGUGCACUUCUCCUUUGUUAUUAGUAAGCCAUCUGUGGCCGGUAAUUGGGUCCCCACCUACCUUUCAGCCAAUGGUUUUUGUAUCCAUGUAUAAUCCUUGCCUGCAUCAGUUAUUACAUUGGGAUAUUGCCUGAUAUCCUUUACACUCACUUUCUCUUUCUGAAUUCCCUAUAGAGUGUGAGCUAGGCCCUCAGUUGUUUAUAAUGAUUUUUUUUAGCCAUUUCCUUGGUAGUCAGCUGGAUUUUUCUGUGAUUAUAAAUUACAUGAUUAUAGAUUUUUCUCUCUUGCCUUUGGGGUAAAAAGGAGUAACUGUAGCAGAGCAUUUACAGCACGCCAGGCACACACAGGUUCCUUACGUGUAGAACUUCUUUCAUUUUCCUCCCACAUAGCACCUCAGACUAGCGAAGCGACGUGUCUUGCCCAAAGUCACCCAGCCCUUAUGGUGAAGCUGAGACCAAGUGAAAUCUCUGGGCUUUGACCCAAGGUUUUUCAGCUCUUCCAUGUUCUCUCCAAUCCCCUCUUCUGAUUCUGCCUUCCACCCAGCAGUUCUCAUCUAAUGCAAAUGCCUGCAUGACCGGGUAGGUCCAUUAACAAGGGAAGUCAGCCAGGAGGGGACUGUGCCACUGGAGAAACGAAUUUAGAUAAUGGGCUGUGUGCAAUGUAAGGAUAAAGAAGCAACAAAACUGACGGAGGAGAGGGAUGGCAGCCUGAACCAGAGCUCUGGGUACCGAUAUGGCACAGACCCCACCCCUCAGCACUACCCCAGCUUCGGCGUGACCUCCAUCCCAAACUACAACAACUUCCACGCAGCAGGGGGCCAAGGACUCACCGUCUUUGGGGGUGUGAACUCUUCGUCUCAUACUGGGACCUUGCGCACAAGAGGAGGAACAGGAGUGACCCUGUUUGUGGCCCUUUAUGACUAUGAAGCACGGACAGAAGAUGACCUGAGUUUUCACAAAGGAGAAAAAUUUCAAAUAUUGAACAGCUCGGAAGGAGAUUGGUGGGAAGCUCGCUCCCUGACAACUGGAGAGACGGGCUACAUUCCCAGCAAUUAUGUGGCUCCAGUUGACUCCAUCCAAGCAGAAGAGUGGUACUUUGGAAAACUUGGCCGAAAAGAUGCUGAGCGACAGCUUUUGUCCUUUGGAAACCCAAGAGGUACCUUUCUUAUCCGCGAGAGUGAAACCACCAAAGGUGCCUAUUCACUUUCUAUCCGUGACUGGGAUGAUAUGAAAGGAGACCAUGUCAAACAUUAUAAAAUUCGCAAACUUGACAAUGGUGGAUACUAUAUUACUACCCGGGCCCAGUUUGAAACGCUUCAGCAGCUUGUACAGCAUUACUCAGAGAGAGCCGCAGGUCUCUGCUGCCGCCUAGUAGUUCCCUGUCACAAAGGGAUGCCAAGGCUUACCGAUCUGUCUGUCAAAACCAAAGAUGUCUGGGAAAUCCCUCGAGAAUCCCUGCAGUUGAUCAAGAGACUGGGAAAUGGGCAGUUUGGGGAAGUAUGGAUGGGUACCUGGAAUGGAAACACAAAAGUAGCCAUAAAGACUCUUAAACCAGGCACAAUGUCCCCUGAAUCAUUCCUCGAGGAAGCGCAGAUCAUGAAGAAGUUGAAACAUGACAAGUUGGUCCAGCUGUACGCAGUGGUGUCUGAGGAACCCAUCUACAUUGUCACCGAGUAUAUGAAUAAAGGAAGUUUACUUGAUUUCUUAAAAGAUGGAGAAGGAAGAGCUCUGAAAUUACCAAAUCUUGUGGACAUGGCAGCACAGGUUGCUGCGGGAAUGGCUUACAUCGAGCGCAUGAAUUAUAUACAUAGAGACCUACGAUCGGCAAACAUUCUAGUCGGGCAUGGACUAAUAUGCAAGAUCGCUGACUUUGGAUUGGCCCGGUUGAUCGAAGACAAUGAAUACACAGCAAGACAAGGUGCAAAAUUCCCCAUUAAGUGGACAGCCCCUGAAGCAGCCCUGUACGGGAGGUUCACAAUCAAGUCUGACGUGUGGUCUUUUGGAAUCUUACUCACAGAGCUGGUCACCAAAGGAAGAGUGCCGUACCCAGGCAUGAACAACCGGGAGGUGCUGGAGCAGGUGGAGCGUGGCUACAGGAUGCCCUGUCCGCAGGACUGCCCCAUCUCUCUACAUGAGCUCAUGAUCCACUGCUGGAAAAAGGACCCCGAAGAACGCCCCACUUUUGAGUACUUGCAGGGCUUCCUGGAAGAUUACUUUACCGCAACAGAGCCCCAGUACCAACCAGGUGAAAACCUGUAGGACCUGGAUCUGCAGAGAUGCCUUGUGCUAGAGGCUUCCCCACCCCCUCCCCAUUAGCUUUCAGUUCCGUAGCCAGCCACUCGGAGAGUGCGAGCGGCAAGAACCGUCCAGGAUCAGAUUGCAUGUGACUCUGAAGCUGACGAACUUCCACAGCCCUCAUUAAUGACACUUGUCCCCAAAUCCGAACCUCCUCUGUGAAGCAUACGAGACAGAACCUUGUUAUUUCUCAGACUUUGGAAAAUGCAUUGUAUCGAUGUUAUGUAAAAGGCCAAACCUCUGUUCAGUGUAAAUAGUUACUCCAGUGCCAACGACCCUAGUGCUUUCCUUUUUUUAAAAUGCAAAUCCUAUGUGAUUUUAACUCUGUCUUCACCUGAUUCAACUAAAAAAAAAAAAGUAUUAUUUUCCAAAAGUGGCCUCUUUGUCUAAAACAAUAAAAUUUUUUUUCAUGUUUUAACAAAAAUCAA